UCUCGCGCCGCGCGGGGCGAUGGCGGCGGCGGCCGCUUGUGCCGGCGGGACCGGGGAGCGGGCGGGCCCGGCGGGGGCCAGGUUUGUGUAUGAGAACAAGGACACGCCCUCUCCCAAAGUCUAUGUCCUGCAGCCCUGGAUUGUGAACCUCCUGGUGAACUACGAGCAGCAGGAUUGCACCGAGGACCUUCUGGCUGGGCAGGUCCUGCGGAUUUUGAGUGACCCAACAGCUCCAGACCAACCCGGGGUCCUCCAAGAUGCUGUCCUACACGUCUCAGAUGGGUCCUACUACAUCCGAGUGGUCAUUGCAUCCGAAGCUCUGCGGGCAGAGGAAAAUGCCCACAUGCAGUUCAGGCUUUCCAGCCUUAUUUGCAGAAUCAUCGUCUUGCAGAACUACACGGUGUGUUUCCGGGAGGAGCCCAAGCUGGAGGACUGUGAGUUCUACCUGACGGCGCAGCGGUUCAUCGUGCUGCCCAUGGAGAGGCAGAGGCUGGACUCGCCCAACGGGAACCAGGAACCCUCUGUGCUGGAGAAGAUAAAGGAGCUCUGGCUGAGGAGUCUUGCUCUGAAGAAUGCUCCCAGCUCAGAGCCAUCCAUCUCUCAGCUGAUUGAUGCCAUAGCAGAGAACCAGCUGGACAUUCUGAAGGAAAACGCUGAGCAAUGCUUGGAUUUAGGGAUGCCCCAGGACACCCCGGUGGCAGUCAAGGACAAGGUUCCUGUCACCCCGUGGGAGGCAGAGCGCAAGAAAGAGCGGGGUGAGGACAUCUUCAUGGUCCCAGCCCAUGCCCUGGUGACCACUCCUGUGGAGGAGGUAGUUACCUGUGAAGCUUCCAAGGCAGACACAAGUGAAGCAGCUCCUGGGAAGAGUGAGGAGGACAGGACCACGUUAGGCCACAUGAGAGUUACGUCCCAAGUCAGCCGUGAGUCCUGUCUCGUCCGGAUCACGUGCAGCCACAUAGCGUUUUACCCUGAUGCUGGCUCAACCCAUCUUCUCCUUGGAUUGAGAAGAGGAGCCGCGGAGUCGUCAGCCUUGUCGGAGACCUCGGAGGGUUCCCUGGACAACCCCUGGAACCAGCUUCCCCCGAUAUCCUUGACCCUGAACUCUUCAGAUGAGAAAACCUGCCAAGAUGACCUUUCACAGCAGACUAAGGAAGAUGUGGCUGCUGACAGCAACACCCCCGACUUGCUGGAACCCUGCAGCCAGGACUCAGCCGAGGGUUUGCCGCAGGGAGAGCCUCUGCAGACCUCCUCCCCUUCCCUGCUCCUCCCCCACAGCAACACCAGCCCGGUGGAAACCAGCACCACCCAGGUGGAGCCAUCCAGCCGUGCCCCCAGCCCUGCUGAAGGCCUGCAGGUCUCGGGGGCCCCUCAGGCCCCCCUGCCAUCUUUCUCUCCGGUGUUUCCCGUCUUGCCCAGCAGCCGCGCGCCAGCCCUGCCCGGUGGGAUGCCUCAGAGGGAGCAGGCAGACUCCAGUGGCACAGCUUUCCCUCCAGAUCCCUUGAAGCACGGUCCUGCUCCUGCCAGGACCCAGGGAGGAGAUGCUGUGGGUGCCAAGAGGAAGCUGGUGGGAGGAGAUGAGGUGCUCACAACCCUCCCUGAGGAGCAGCGUCCCCAGGGUGCUCCUGAGAGAGACGCAGGCAGGAGGCCAGAACUCCUGAGCACGUGGGGAGCAAAGAAGAGCAGAAGGGAAGAGACAGGGCUGCAGCGUGGAGAGGAGCUGGAGGAGGAGGAACAACCAUCUCCAGCCAGUGGUCCCAGCUCCAGGCCACAGCAGCGCAGAGCUCUGCCGCCGUACGUGAAGGAGAAGCCAAGCCAGUACAGGUACAAGGCGCCCAGCCCCGAGCUCUGCCGCCAGAUACGAUCCAUCAGGAUCUCGAAGGCCAUGCUGAAGUGGGCGUGUUGGAUCCUGACGGACAGGGAGGUGGACUCCUGAGCCCAGCCCCUCCUCUUCACCGGUUGAGCCACAAGAAUUCAGGGCUGCCUGGGAAAAGCAGCUGGGGGAAGGAUGGAGGACACACCAGGACCCCUGACCCCCAGGGGACUGCUUGAGUGGUUUGGCCUAGCUGUGGGGACCAGAGGUGCUGGGGACAUGACCUGUUGAAGGCCAGCACCCUCCGUGCUGACAGGGGAAACAAAUCAACCAUUCCAGGGUGCCUGUGCAUGAGCCAGGUGUCCUCCCCCCCUCUCCAUCCAUUCCAAACACUUUGACCUGGCGAGUGGGGGGACGAGAGGUGACCUGGUGCCACCAGAACUGGCAGCAGAGGCCCCACGACCUGAUCCCUGCUCCCAAGGCAGCUCAGGAGGUUUGGACAUUUUAUUGAUAGGUUUCAAGUAGGGUCCUGCAUCGUUUGUUACAAAAAAAUAUCCCGCAGGGUUUAUGCUGUAGGAAUUAAAAAUAAAAAUUGUAUAUUUUUUAAAUACA